GGAAAGAGAAGUGUUUGACAGUCUCUUGCGCUGACUGCCCUUUGCUGUUACCUCGCCGCUGCUGCCGCCGGAUAGACAUAGAAUAGUCUAGCUGAUCAGCAGCAACAGUGCACCUCAGUGAAGCCAUGUGCGGCAUUCCGCAGUGGAGCCUUUGUUGGGCGAUUUUGGCAAUUGGUGUAUCGUCUGGCCACUACUACUACGACGAGGACCUCGCUCUACCCCGGAGUCUCAACCUGCGCUCCAUCGUACGCAAUGUUCUCGAGGAGCAACCAAACUUCAUCCGGGAGGAUCCAUCAUGGCCGAACAAGGAGAUCCUCCGCUCAGAGCUCAUGGGCGAAGCGUGCGGGAUCCACACCGAUUCGAGCGGGAAAGUUUUCGUGUUCCACCGUGGCUCCAACAUAUGGGACGAGCGAAGUUUCGAUUUCAAGAACAUAUUCCAGAAUCAGACUCAGAUCGUAGAGGAACCGGCGAUUCUCGUUUUGGAUCCUCGGAACGGCUCCCUGAUCGAGGCAUUCGCCAGAAGACGGUUCGUGCUUCCCCACGGAAUGUACAUCGAUUUCGAGGACAACAUAUGGGUGACCGAUGUUGCCCUUCAUCAGGUUUUCAAAUUCAAUAAGGGAUACAAGGAUCAUGCAUCGCUCGUUCUGGGUGACCGUUUCGUCCCUGGCUCAGAUGAAACGCAUUUUUGCAAGCCCACCGAUGUCGCCGUGACAACGAAAGGAAUCGUCUUCGUGAGCGACGGCUAUUGUAACCAGCGUGUGGUUGCCUUCCAUAAGAACGGAACUUUCCUCAAGGCGUUCGGUCAAGAAGAGAACAUGCUGGUCGUCCACUCUCUGACCCUCCUGGAAGCAAACGAUACCCUCUGCGCAGCUGACCGAGAAGGAGGUCGAGUGAUUUGUUUCGACGCCGGUAUCGAAAAUCCGGCCAACAUGGGACGUGUUCGAGGCAGAUUCAGCCUCGACGAGGGUGAGAAGCCCUAUGCCAUCGCAGCAAAGGGAGCGGUACUCUUCGGUGUGCGUCUCUACCAACCACCCUUCCAGCUGCCCGACUUGAAUUUAUACCAGCCACCAACUGGAUUCAUACGAGAAUUAGAAGAGGGACAGGACGCGAAGGUGGUCGCUUUCGAGCCACAGUCGGAGGAGUUUAAAAUGCCCCACGACAUCGUGAUCUCUCCGGACGGCUUCGCGGUCUACGUGGCGGACUGUCAUAAAAAUAGUCGUAAACGGCUCUACAAAUUUCUGAUCUAGACUCCCCGAAUCUUUUCGCCCGGAAGAUCGUAGCCGUCACUCACUCUGUAUGCCCCAACCCGAAAUUAGUUGUAGGAUAGAGUAGGUGGACGAAAACUAUAUUCUCAUCCCAGAGAGCUUGUUUCAACAACUUUUGAGUUUGACUCGCUUUGAGAAUGAACUCGUACGACAGCCUUCAGGGCGCGGAACCAAAGCCGUGUGUACCUCGUCUAAUGGAUACACGCAGAUUUAUGACUAGAGGAUGGCCCGUGUCGAACGAGGGAUUCCUUAUCAAAGAAUCUCAGGAUGUCCCUCCGCGCUGAGAGAGAAGGAUUUCGAGGGGGACGAGAAUGAGGAAAAUGAAGAUCCAGCGCAGCAGGUACUCAACUGUGAUAUUCUCCAACGACGACUCUGACGACAGCGAGACAAUGACGAUUCAGACGUGGGGUGAACAACUCUAACUACGUGAUACGCGCCCAGAAGGCUCAUUCCAUGAUGAUAAUUUGUUAGACCUAUGUUCGAUACCGAUUUCCAAUGCGCCAUGAGGAUGACUAGAGUUCGAAUUGCGACCGAAACUUCUGGUUUGACGUGAUCAUUGUUCCAAGGAAUGUUUUCCUUUUGAAUCAACAAUCUAGUCAUCGUGGAAUCAGGUUGCGGGACAGCAAUCGAUCAAUGAUACGGUUGUCUCACAUCGUUUCGCAAGGAGGCUCACUUUGAAGGCUCGAGGACUUUUCUCUCGAGCUACGAAAUCGAUUAAAGCCCCCAUCUAAGGACACACCGCGUUCGUUAGUAGCUGCCCAUCGCCUGAUCACCGAACGAUAACGCCGCCACCGACGCGCGGCAAAUCUCGUCACCUCUCCCUGGGCAAGUCGUUCCGCAUCAUUCGCUGUACCGGUUGGAUGGUAUAGGUUCCCAGCCCUUUCAAGUCGCUCAGGGUUUCUGCUGGCGAUAAGAACGACACGACGAUCAUGAAACUCAUCGAGAGCGUCUUUUCCGGACGCCUUAGACCAUAGAUCAUCUGAGAGAAGUCGUUGAUGAUCUUAAUAGAGAGGAUUCUCGUAUUAUACUGAAGAGAACAACAAACACCUGCCCUGCAGGAUCUGAGUUAAUCACUGCUGUUGUUCGAAGUUUUGAUCUCAGUCUGAAAAUUGAAACUAUAUCAUACUACUUAGAUAAUUCCACGUCGAACCUCUCUGUUGACUCCGAGCUCCGAUCCCAAGUCUAAAACGACAUG